AUGGAGAUGUUGGGCACAAAGGUUUUCAAGGCAACUCUGGAUGGGCGCGUGUUGUGGGACCUCCGAGGCGGCAAGGACAUGCACCGGUCCAUGUGGGAGAUACCGGUGCUGCCAUGGAAGGAGGCGGCUGCGCGCUUGGCUGCUGGAGAUGUGAGAGGAGGGCAUGUUAACCACGUGGACAAUGGAGGAGGUGGUGAUGACAGUGAUGGUGGGCUCCUUGGGCAUGGAGGGGCUGCGCUACCAAGUGUAACUCCUAGCACGGAGGUAACGGAGGUGUCACAUGACUUGGGAGGUGCUGAAGGGGAGUCAACAGAGGUGGAAGGAGUGUUGCAGCAAGAGGAGGCCCCUGUAGCUGAGAGAGGUGAUGCCGGGGAGGAGGUGCAGCAGCCUACACCAUCCCCUUCACUUCCAUCUAGGCGGACAACCCAAGGGAAGCGUGGUGCUGUCCGCGGUGGAGCUAAGGAGGGUGCAGCCAAGGAGAGGCCCAAGAGAGCUGCUCACCCAAGGGAUUUCCUCAAGUAUGAAAGGCUUGGGGGUCCAAAGGCAUUGCUGGUCCAGGAGGAGGAAGAUGAUGAGGAGAAGGGAGCCGAGGGAGAGAUGGAGCAGAUUUGUUGCUUCGGUGUCAACUUACCUCAUGAACCGGCUUCAAUGGAGGAACCAUUUGCUGGAGAUGAUCGAGACGCUUGGUUGGCUUCAAGGUAG